AUGGAUCUAACCAGCGCGAUAUGCCUUAUCUAUAUGGAUACGAAGAAGAAUCAGGACGUGAUGAAUGAGGAUGCAGAGAUGAGGAGCAUGAAACGAAUGAGGUUCAGUAAAGGAAAGAUUGAUUGCAGGAUCUUAAAGGUUAAGGAAUCUAGCAAGAAGAUCUGCGGAGAAUUUGGAACAGCAUUUGAGGAAGCAUGUCAAGCCGCAGAGAGUCUUCUAAUAUAGCCAGCUGUUGUAUCCGUGCAAUGCUUCGGAAGGAAGAAGACAGCAGUUGCCGUAACCCACUGCUAACGCGGGUGUGGCCUGAUCAAGUUCAACGGUUGUCCAACGGUUGAUCAAGUUCUUCUCCUAGGGAAGCACCGCUUCGCAGGUGUGGACACGAGGAUACGAGUCAAGGGUGGUGGUCACACUUCCCAGGUCUACGCCAUUCGUCAGAGUAUCGCCAAGGCGCUGGUGUAUGUUGAUGAGCCUUCGAGGAAGGAGGUUAAAGAUAUUCUUAUUCCUUAUGAUAGGACUCUUCUUGUGGCGGAUCCGAGGAGGUGCGAGCCAAAGAAGUUUGGUGGUCGUGGUGCUCCUUCUCGUUUCCAGAAGAGUUACCGUUAAUCUUGGUUUGUUUUGUUUUCAGUUUUAUGCUUUGUUUUGGUAAUGGAUAUGCUCGAAGAAUACAUGUUUUGCUAUGUUUGCUGUCGGAAAGCUUUAGUAUUUUUUUCUCUGUUAUUUCUUGUCCUGAGAUGUAUGGCAUUGGCAUAGUUGGUUCAAUGGUUAGGUUUUAUGAGAAUGUCGUGACUAGUUGUCUAGUAUAGAUAGCUAAGAUAUAACUGAUCAAACAUCUGGAAACAGGUGAUUUUGUCAUUUUAAGUUUCUUAAUUUGUAGCUUUUAGUGUAGGCUUUGCUGUCGAGUAGAGUAGCUUGUGAGCUCAGACUCUAUGAUGUAGUUUACAUGAUUACAAGGCUUUUGUUGAUGUUGGUUUAUGUGUAAGCACGCCAGAUGUAACAGAGGAAUGAGCUUUUGUUGAUGUUGGUUUACAUCUAUUCUCAGAAUGGCUCAUAUUAUAGAUUAUGGAAAGUGAUCAUACUUAUUAGAGGCUUUGUACAAUACUUAUACACGUUAGAAGAGAGUACUAGGUCUUGACUAAUUACACAUAAUAAGGAUAUCAACUAUCUAUUUAUUUAUAAAUGUUGAUUAUUGCUGUUCCUAUCCGAGGGAAAAGCUAAAGAAACGUAUGAGAAUAAGAAAAAUGUUAGGAGAAAUUCGUAAUAAAUGGGAAGUUGAAGGAUUACAAAUUUAUUAAAGUAAACAUCGUUGAAUCUUCCUUCCAUGAGUCUUCCUCUCCACUCGUCUUUGGUUGGACUCUUUUCUGUGGUUCUGUGUCUUCGUUGAAACUUCCUCUCCACUUGUGUCUUCUUUUUCUUCUAUCUACUCAGAAUAGCCUCAGGGUCUCAUAUGGAUCAAACCAGCGCGAUAUGCCUUAUCUAUAUGGAUACGAAGAAGAAUCACGACGUGAUGAGGAUGCAGAGAUGAGGAGCAUGAAACAAAUGAGGGUUCUGGAAUUAUGAUCAUCGUGACCAAGGAAAAUAAACAGCUUCUGAGAGCUCAUGGGAUCAAAGCCUGCAUACAAAGCUCUCCUACGUGGCAGUCUUUGAAGCAGGGAUAUUAUUGUCUUUUUCAGCCAUUGAUUCUAACAAUCAGGCUCUGAUAGAAUGUUAUCCAUCAGAGAGAGCAGUCUAGCGAUCAUGUGCGGACUGAACACGGGUGACAGAAACAGAGCAAGGAUCAAAUCGUGAAGUGACAAAAGCAGAAGCGGUUUUACACUGGCAUGGCUCAAGUGUUACAGUAAUGGUGAAGAGCCACAAAGGGAUGAAUGAAUCACCAAAAUCAGAUCUUAUUGAUACAUAAAAAGUAGUUGUUUUUUUUUGCUAUCAUCAUAUUCAUAUAUGAAUUUUGUUGCAUGGAUGUAGAAUUGAAAACAUGAAUUUAUUUAUUGUUUCCAUGUUGGAAUACUUCAAACGAAUUAGCUUGA